AUGAGCAGCUUCAGGACUGCCAUCCUUUUCUGCACAGUGGCAGCAUGGGCUAACAUAGACUUAUCUGUGGGGGAAACAGAUGAGGUUGGAUUUCAUAAAUGCAAGAAUGCCUUGAAACUACCAGUCCUGGAAGUCCUACCUGGAGGGGGCUGGGAUAAUCUGCGGAAUGUGGACAUGGGAUGGGUGAUGGACUUGACUUAUACCAACUGCAGGACCACAGAGGAUGGACAGUACAUCAUCCCUGAUGAAAUCUUCACCAUUCCCCAGAAACAGAGCAACCUGGAGAUGAACUCAGAAAUCCUGGAAUCCUGGAUGAAUUACCAGAGUAGCACCUCCUACUCCAUCAACACAGAGCUCUCUUUUUCCAAAGUCAAUGGCAAAUUCUCCCCUGAGUUCCAAAGGAUGAAGACCCUUCAAGUGAAGGAUCAAGCUAUAACGACCCGAGUUCAGGUGAGAAACCUGGUCUACACAGUCAAAAUCAACUCAGCUUCAAAACUGAGGUGGGGGUUUAGAAAGGAGAUCAUGGAUAUCUCUGACUGUCUAGAAAACAACCAGACGAGGAUGGCCACCUACCUGGCAGAGCUCCUGGUCCUCAAUUAUGGCACCCACGUCAUCACCAGUGUGGAUGCUGGAGCUGCUCUUAUUCAGGAGGACCACCUUAGAGCCUCCUUCCUCCAGAAUAGCCAGAGUAGCCAUAGUGCCGUGACUGCAGCUGCUGGAGUUACCUUCCAAAACAUCGUGAACUUCAAAUUCGAGGAGAACUACAUUUCACAGGAUGCCUUUAUAAAGAGCUACCUCUCAAACCGAACCAACUCCAGGAUGCAGAGCAUUGGCGGGGUACCUUUUUACCCAGGCAUCACCCUCCAGGCCUGGCAGCAGGGCAUUGCCAACAACCUGGUGGCCGUGGACCGUGUUGGCCUGCCCCUGCAUUUCUUCAUCAACCCCAACAUGCUGCCAGACUUGCCAGGCCCCUUGGUGAAGAAGCUGUCGAAGACAGUGGAAGCUGCUGUGAAACACUAUUACUCGUUCAACACCUACCCUGGGUGCACAGAUCUCAAUUCUCCCAACUUCAAUUUUCAGGCUAAUACUGACGAUGGCUCCUGUGAGGGGAAAAUGACCAACUUCUCCUUCGGUGGGGUUUAUCAGGAAUGCACCCAGCUCUCAGAGAAUAAGUUUGUCCUCUGCCAAAACUUGGAGCAGAAAAAUCCACUCACUGGCAAUUUCUCCUGCCCCUCUGGCUACUCCCCGGUCCACCUGCAAUCCCAGAUCCACGAAGAGGGUUACAACCACCUGGAGUGUACACGGAACUGCAAAUUCUUCAUCUUCUGCAAGACAGUGUGCGAAGAUGUGUUCCGGGUGGCAAAGGCUGAAUUUAAGGCUUUUUGGUGUGUAGCCAGUGGCCAACAACCUGAAAACUCAGGACUGCUUUUUGGUGGCCUCUUCAGCAGUAAGAGCAUAAACCCCUUGACAAAUGCACAGUCUUGUCCAGCUGGCUACUUCCCACUGAAACUCUUUGAAAGCCUCAGAGUAUGCGCUUCUCUGGAUUAUGAGUUAGGAUACAAGUUUUCAGUCCCUUUUGGUGGGUUCUUCAGCUGCACAGUUGGAAACCCCUUGGCAGAUUCUGCCAUAUCCAGAGACAUAGGGGCACCUUCUCUGAAAAAAUGUCCUGGGGGCUUCAGCCAACACCUAGCCCUCAUCAGCGAUGGAUGUCAAGUGUCCUACUGUGUCAAGGCUGGGCUCUUUACAGGAGGAGCCCUACCCUCUGCCAGGCUCCCGCCCUACACUCAGCCACCCCUCAUGAGUCAGGCUGCCACCAACACAGUCAUAGUGACCAAUACUGAGAAUGCAAGAUCCUGGAUCAAAGACUCUCAGACCCACCAGUGGAGGCUAGGAGAGCCGUCAGAGCUGCGCAGGGCCAUGAAGGUCGUCCGUGGGGACGGUGGUAGCCUGUCAGGAGGGGCAGCAGCUGGGGUCGCAGUGGGGGUCACCACUCUCCUGGCUGUGGUCAUCACCCUGGCCAUCUACGGCACCCGGAAAUACAAGAAGAAGGAAUACCAGUCAAUGGAAGAUGAGAGGCAGAGUUUGGUUCCAUGCAUGGCAGCAACUGGAGACACCUCUGACUGA